AUGGGCAAUUGCCAAACCAUCGACCCGCCGCCACCUUCGCCGGUGCAGCCACCCGCGUCGACGUCGCCUGCGCCACGUGCGCCUGGUACGACCUUUAUCGAGCAGCAUCUCUCCUCCGACUUGACGCUGAGCACGAUUGCGAUUCCGUUCAAGGCGCUUCGACUCGGCGAGCGCUUGACGACCCAUAGCCCACCGUGGGAGUGCGUCCGCCCGGGCACGUACACGGGCACGCCCGUCCUCGUCAAGCAGCUCUUCCGCACGCGCAUUACAGAGGAAGCUGUCGAGCGUUUUGCCCGCGUCACGCGGCUCGUCAUCGACAUGCACCAUCCCAACAUCGUCCAGUGCAUUGGCGCGAGCUGGGACUCGGAGUCCUCCAUCUGCAUGGUCACCGAGCAGUUGGCACGCGGCGACCUCGCGACGCUGUUGCAGUCGCCCGACGUCUCGCUUUCACCCGAAGCGAGUGUGCGCAUGAUGCUCGACGUUGCGCGGGGCAUGACGUACCUCCACGCGCACACGCCGCAGGUGCUGCACCGCGAUCUCAAAUGCGCCAACAUCCACGUCACGACAGAUUUCAAAGCCAAAAUUGCCAAUUUUGAGUUUAGUCGUGAAAAGACCAACGGCGAAAUGACGCUCCUCGGGUCGCCGAUCUGGACCGCGCCCGAGAUCUUACGGGGCCAGAAAGAGUACGACGAAAAGGUCGACGUGUACAGCUUUGCCAUUGUCAUGGUCGAGAUCAUGACGCGUCAGAUGCCGUAUGCCGAGCUCGCGGCCGAAAAGAUGAAAAAGAAGCUUCUCGUCACCAAGAUUGCGUUCGAAGGGCUUCGCCCGUCGCUCGCGGCGCUCGAAGCCACGUGGCCGCCGGCGCUCCUCCGCCUCGCCGAAACUUGCUGGGCCGAAGACGCAGCGGCGCGGCCGUCGUUCCCGUCCACGAUCACCACCCUCCAAGAGGUGCUUGCAACGCUCGAGAAUAGCCCGUCGGCAGCGUAA